UGAUUCGCCGGUGGUGGCAGGGAAAAAGCCUCGGCUGCCGGCGGAGCCGGAGUCAUUCCGCCUGGGUCGCGGGCGCGAUCGGCGGCGCGGGGGGAAGGGGGGCCGCGUGAAGAUGGGUCUCCCCAGGCCUGGAUGAGCGGCUGCCGGCCCUGCGCCCCUCCCUCUGGGCGGGUGGAAUAGAUAAGCCAGGCAGGAGGAGGAGGAUCCCCGGGAAAAUGCCCCCCGGGCGCGAGAAAUGGAGCCGCUCGGGCGCCGCGAAGAGGGCGGCGUGCUUGCUGGCUGCGGUGUACGGGCUGAAGAUCCUCUGCCCGCUGGUCCGCAGGCGGCUCCGGCAGGCGGGCUGCAAGAAGGACCCGCAGCAGAGGCAGAUCGCCAGCGGCAGCCGGGCUGAUCUUCCUCCGGAGCUGCAGCUGCUGCCUUGCCCGGGUCUCCGAGCGUCUCCGGCGGCCAAUGCGGAAUUUUUCCGCCAGCUGCUGGCGCUGCGCAAGAUCCUCUUCCCGCGGGCGGUGAGCGCGGAGAGCGGCUGGCUGUGCCUGCACUCGGCGGCGCUGGUGUCGCGGACCUUCCUCUCCAUCUACGUGGCCGGCCUGGACGGCAAGAUCGUCAAGAGCAUCGUGGAGAAGCGGCCGCGCAGCUUCGCCUGGAAGCUGAUCAAGUGGCUGGCCAUCGCCAUCCCGGCCACCUUCGUCAACAGCGCCAUCCGCUACCUGGAGGGCAAGCUGGCGCUGGCUUUCCGCACCCGCCUGGUGGAUCACGCCUACCAGACCUACUUCGCCGACCAGACCUACUACAAGGUGAUCAACAUGGACAGCCGGCUGGCCAACCCGGACCAGUCGCUCACCGAGGACAUGGCCAUGUUCUCGCAGUCGGUGGCGCACCUCUACUCCAACCUGACCAAGCCCAUCCUCGACGUGGUGCUCACCUCCUACACCCUCAUCCAGACGGCCAGGUCCAGGGGGGCCAGCCCCAUCGGGCCCACGCUCCUGGCCGGGCUGGUGGUCUACGCCACCGCCAAGGUGCUCAAAGCCUGCUCGCCCAGGUUUGGCAAGCUGGUGGCCGAGGAGGCCCAGCGCAAGGGCUACCUGCGCUACGUCCACUCUCGGAUCAUCGCCAACGUGGAGGAAAUCGCCUUCUAUAGGGGCCACAAGGUAGAAAUGAACCAGCUACAGAAAAGCUACAAAGCUCUAGCAGACCAAAUGAACCUCAUUCUGUCCAAACGCUUAUGGUACAUCAUGCUGGAGCAGUUUCUGAUGAAGUACGUCUGGAGCAGCAGCGGCUUGAUUAUGGUGGCCGUACCCAUCAUCACUGCGACGGGAUUUGCUGAUGGCGAAUUAGAAGAUGGCCAGAAACAAGCGAUGGUCAGCGAGAGGACGGAAACCUUCACCACUUCAAGAAAUUUAUUGGCCUCGGGAGCAGAUGCCAUUGAAAGGAUUAUGUCUUCUUACAAAGAGGUCACAGAGUUAGCAGGCUACACAGCUCGUGUGUACAACAUGUUUUCAGUCUUCGAUGAAGUGAAGAGGGGCAUUUACAAAAGGACAGCUGUUUCUCAAGAAUGUGAAAGCAACAAUAAGAAAAGAGAUAAAACAGAGCAACAUAUCGACGGCCCAUUGGAAAUCAAGGGAAGAGUAAUAGAUGUUGAUCAUGGAAUUAUCUGUGAAAACGUUCCUAUCAUUACCCCAAAUGGCGAUGUGGUGGCGUCAAGGCUAAACUUCAAAGUGGAAGAAGGUAUGCAUCUUCUAAUCACUGGACCGAAUGGUUGUGGGAAGAGUUCUCUCUUCAGGAUUCUAAGUGGUUUGUGGCCUGUCUAUGAAGGAGUUCUUUACAAACCACCUCCUCAGCAUAUGUUCUACAUUCCUCAGAGACCUUACAUGUCCAUUGGAACGCUGCGGGAUCAAGUGAUCUAUCCUGACUCUGUGGACGACAUGCGUGAGAAGGGCUACCAAGACCAGGAUCUGGAAUGCAUCCUGCAGAUAGUUCAUUUGAAUCACAUAGUGCAAAGAGAAGGAGGGUGGGAUGCUGUUACAGACUGGAAGGAUGUCCUGUCCGGAGGAGAAAAGCAGAGAAUGGGGAUGGCUCGGAUGUUCUACCACAAGCCCAAAUAUGCGUUGCUGGAUGAGUGUACAAGUGCUGUCAGCAUUGACGUCGAAGGGAAGAUAUUUCAGGCUGCUAAGGGGGCUGGCAUAUCCCUGCUUUCUAUAACACACAGACCAUCUCUUUGGAAGUACCAUACACACUUGCUACAGUUUGAUGGGGAAGGACACUGGCGCUUUGAGCAGUUGGACAAUGCUAUCCGCUUAACCCUCAGUGAGGAGAAGCAAAGACUAGAAUCCCAGCUUGCAGGAAUGCCAAAAAUGCAGCAGAGACUGAACGAACUUUGCAAAAUCUUAGGGGAAGAUUCCGUGCUUAAAACAAUGGACAAAGAAGAAUAAAUGUUUUUAGUUCAUUUCCCCACCCCCAUUUUUUAAAAAGUUAACGAUGCACUUUGAUUUCUGAGACACAGUGGUUUGCAUGCACCUGAUUAGUGUAGACUGUAAGGAGUUGGCCACAAACUCAAUGCUUCAGAUAACUGUCAGCUUUCUAAUGUGAAGGAAGAAAGUGGUUCAAACUAAGGCUGUCCUGAAUUUUAGUGAGUUCUGGUUUUCAGUGUGGGGGGAAACCGUUCUGAGAAGGCGUAUGAAAAGGCUCUUGCAAAAUCUUCUACCUUCCUAAUAUGCUCCUGGUUUGAUGCAAUUUUUAGGGCUUUGUUUUAGGACUGGUUUCAGGCACAGCACCACAGAGCAAAUCAGAUCUGAAGAUGUGACAACAUGCUCUGAGUUUGGGGGGCAAAAGAGGCAACUAGAUUUAACUCCCAGUUCACAGAAGGGUUGUGACACAGUGGGGAGCACAUGGGUUGCAUGUCAACCUCCUACGUUCAGUCCCCAGCAUCUCCUGGUAGAGACCUAGCCCUGAAGACCCACAUCCAGUCAGUGUAGGCAAUAUUGAGCUACAUGGACCAAUGCUCUGACUCGAUGUGGGGCAGCGUCUUGUAUUCCCCAGAUUUCUUGCUGUAUAGCAAGUUGUUUGCUACCAGCUAGUUCAUGUUGUGCAUUCUGACGCUUGACAGUUUGGGACAGAAUGAGAAUGUAGGCAUGCUGAAUAUGUACAUCCAGAUGCAGAUCUAAUGGAUGAAAGUCUACAUUUGGAUGUGCAUUAGCUGCGCAUAUAAAUUUCGGAUGCCACCCAUCCAUUUUGCAAUGGGUGCACAUGUGUAUCCAAAUGGUUGCCCACAUUAUGUCCUAACGAUGUAUUCAGCUAUCUUUCUAUUUAUAAAGGACUGGCUCCUGGGUUGAGUGGGCUUUGGGCAAAGUGCUGUUGUGCGAGGACUCCUUUGCCAUGGUGCCCCCCUAACAUUUCUGGGGGGGACGUACAAGGGUGGCUGGAGGCAACAAAGAGCCCAAAUGCCCCAGAAAACCUCUGUUUCCAGGACAUGGUUGGAAACAGGGAUGGCAUCCACCAUCUGCAUUGUUCUUAGGUUAUUAUUUUAGAGCCCAGAACCAUAGUCACCCGUGGUUUGGGGCCUAGUAGAUUCUCUAAGGAGCCCCCAAGUGAAUCUGAGCCCACAGAUCUGGAUCAGGGGAAGAUCCAGGAUUUCCCCCCCAGCCAGAACUCACCUGAACUCAUUUCCAGCACCAUUGCCAUUAUAUAAGAGAACAAGGGAGGUGUUCGUGGUGAGUUCUGGCACCUCUUUUUCUAGAAAAAGAGCACUCGGAAGACCCUAGUACCCACCACCAUGGGAGCACUGACAUUUCUUUGCAAAAAGGUGCAGAAAAUUCACUGGAAAAGUAGGGCUUGUGUCACGGUGGUGUGUGGUGUGAGAGAACUGUUAGCAAAACACGUUCCUCCUUUUCAGCUCGGCACUAGUUUGAACCCCAGAAAAUUGUCAAGAAACGCACUGUAUAUAUCAAUCGUUACACCUUCCAAGCUCACGGCGCUCCUGGGAAGCUCCUUGUGUGGUUGGAUUACCCUGACAGAUUCUUGCUUCAAAGCCAGGAGGUAGAAUAUGAUCUCCCACCAUCCUUCUGCCCUGUGCGUAUGAUAUGCCUGGUGUGUUAUGCAGGCAUGGAGCGACAGAAGGGCAGGGCUUGGUGAGUAUUCAGGUGCAUGGGGGACAGGGGGAGGCGGAACAUAACAUAUAUGGAGUGGGGAUCAUUUUUUACUUAAAAAAACCUGUGAAAAUGAUAUUUGCAGAUAAUAGCACAUGCAUGUCAGCAGCUGUGCUUUCCUAGGAAGCAACAAAAUGACAGGCAGCUUAGAAGAUAAGGGGACAGCCCUGGCCUUUUCAUUCUGUGCACGAAAUGGCAAGUACGUCUCAAAGAAGAAAUCUGGAGGCUGUUUUCUACUCUUACACUGGGAGGCAUGCAUCUGCGCUCUGUAACACAAUGGGCACUUGUAUCUACGUCUUACUUAAAGUAAUUCAAGGUGAUAUACUACGAGUUUAUUCCAUUUACUUUCACGAAACUGUACGCUGCUUCCCUUGUUGCUCCUAUUAUAGUUAUCACUGUAAUAGCAAUAGAGGGAGACCGUUCUGAACUGUUUCAAGGUGGCUGGUGGUUCCUACAAUGGGCUGUUUGGGGUGUGCCAGCCACAUGCACAGAAAGUUAGCCUAUACGCCAAUUCAAGGUUCACUGGGUGCUCUUUUAGCAAGGUCAGGGUGAUUUCUGAUUCCCUUUUGCAUUUUGGAAAGAAUGGUCUAUCCUUGAAAGUAACCUGUCAUUUUGGAGAGAAUGGUCUAUCCUUGCCAGGUUAUUUUCAAUUGGGUUCUGCGGCUUCCUAGGGUCCAUUCCUUGAUCCCAUUUCCAAAUUCCAGGCACCUGACUUGAAUGCCCAUUGCUUGUUGGUUCUUCCACCGACAAGGUAAAGGAAUUUGCCUUCUAUCAGGUUAGACUGUGUGUCCAUUCAGCCCCAUAUUGUCUACACUGACUCGCAGCAGCUGUCUACUAGAGUCUCAGGCAAACGUAUUUCACAUUACCUGCUACCUCAUGCUUUCGGUUGGAGGUGCCAGGGAUUGGAUUUGGGACCUUUUGCAUGCCAAACAUGUGUCCUGCCAUUGGCCCUUGCUCGCUCCUGCAUGUUAAAAUUAUUACUGUGCGUCUUAGUGCAGAAGCGGAUGAUCUGAUUCUAACCCUGCUGUAUUGGAGUAGACAGAGUGCUUAACAAUGUCCAAAUCCCAGCAAUUGAAAAGUAAUUGCUUGUUUUUCUUUGAUAACGGAAUUACUCAAUAAACUAAUAUGGGAGAAAAGAGAAAAGAUAAGAAAAGUCACUUCCAGACUGUCACUAUUUUUGAGUAGGAUUCAAAAACAUGCCAGCCAAUUCAAGUAGCGCAGUUUAAGUUGAUUUGGCUCUCUUCCACAACAAACUUGCUUCCCCCUCAAAACAGGCUCUCGGUGGCAAGGAAUGCGAUGAGAAAAUGCACUCUGGAAAAUGUGGGGUAACAAUUGCUUGACAUGAUAUCAUCUAACCUCCCCGCAAACGAAUCAGGGUGAAUGCUGAAUAAACAGGCUGUCUGGGAGAAACCUAAGAUCAUAAUGCUAAUUUUGAUAUGUAGUCGCAGACCAGCAAGUGUUUCAUAAUAAGAAUUCAGCAACCAGCUUUUAGUUAAUGGCAUUAUUGGGGCCUGUUCAGAAGUCACAACUUAUGGAUAGCAUAAAUUGGCUCAGUGUUAUAUUUCAAUGUAUUUAACCAUAGUUUUAAUUGUUUAUAAAAAAUUUUUUAGAAAAAUACUUUUCUCUCUUAAGCUUACUGAAGGCCCGGUGUGCUGUGUGAUGGGAAAUAAGAGACAGGGCCUUUGCAGGGGCCACACCCAGACUUUGGAAUUCCCUGCCCAGAGAGAGUUGUCUCCCCCUUUUCUUGACCUUUCCUUGACGAUCUUUUUAAUGAUUUUGGUGAACUUUUUGCCACUGUUCUUAAGGGUUUUGCUGCUCUGUUUCUUCUAAGUAAUGAUGCUUUAGCGUUUUGUCAUAUCUCGAUUGUGCUUUUUUUAUCUGUUGUAUUUCCUUUUGCCUGCACCUUUGAACUUUUUGGAAUGGUGGGAUAAAAAUGGCUCAGAUCAAAUAAAGAAAUUAAACACGAAAAGUAAAA